AUGGCGAUCGAUCAGUGCCGAGCACUUUUAGACUCAGGUGCUCAGGUUAACCUAAUAUCUCAGUCUCUCUAUCAGCGUCUGAAAUUACCAAGGACUAUAUCUAAUAUUUUCAUUGGGAGCGUCGUCCAGGGAGGUUCUCGUUCUAAAUAUCAAACAGAGUGCAAUGUACAUUCUUUGGUGGACAAUGUGAAUUUCACUAUGUCUUGCCAGAUUGUGUCUUCAGUACUUGAGCAGAAGAUUCCAAAUUGGGAAAUACAUGAAGCCCAACUCAAAAUUCCAUCGGGCUAUAAGUUAGCUGACCCAACCAGGUUUGUCUCUCAGCCCAUUGAUUUGCUUAUCAGCAAUGAAUUCUAUAAUGACCUAAUUUCUGGUGCAGUUAUCAAACUAGGCACUGGGCUGCCAUUUCUGAAGGAGUUCUGCCUAGGCUGGGUAAUUUCUGGUCCAUAUCAACCAGAACCAAAUCCCAUAACAUGUUCAGUUGUUGCUACAACACUUGCUUCCAUUGAUGUUACAUUGAAAAAAUUCUGGGCUUCGGAAGAAAUCGAACCACCUCGCCAUUCCAAUUCUGACCAUUUAAAGGUGGAAGAAAUUUUCCGAGAAACCACAAUUCGCGACGCCAUUGGUCGUUAUAUUACACAUAUCCCAUUUAAGCCCAAUCUCACUCGACUUGGCACUAAUUUGCCAAAUGCCACAAAGCAAUUUUUGGCGUUGGAAGCUAAGCUCCAGAGGAACCCCACCCUCAAAGCCAAUUGCGAUAAAGCGAUGUCGGAGAAUUUUACUCUUCAAUUUUUCGAAAAGGUUCCAGACGAAGAAUUGAAUCGACCCUCUUACUAUUUACCCCACCAUGCCGUGGUAAAGACCACCAAAACAAGAGUUGUCAUGAAUGCCAGUUCAAAAAGCCAAACAGGGCUGAGUCUUAAUGAUGUUGCCAUAAUGGGCCCCACAGUCCAACCUGAUAUUGUCGAAAUCCUUCUACGAUUUCGAAUGAAUGAGUUCGCCUUUACAUGUGACAUUGAAAAGAUGUAUCCUCAAAUUCUUAUCCAUCCCCCUCACCGUGAUUAUCACAGAAUUUUGUGGAGAUUUCAUCCAGAUCAUCCCAUAACACAUUAUCGUGCCAGAGGAGUUUGUUUUGGUGUUACAUCAUCCCCAUUUUUAGCCACUAGGGUCUUGAAUGAUCUAUCUGAGCAAGGAAAACUCACUCAUCCAUUGGCCAGUCAUCUGCUCACGCACAAUUUUUAUGUGGAUGAUUGUUUGGUAUCUGUUCCAUCAGUCGAACACGCCCGCCAGUCGAUUGAAGAACUACAAGAUCUUUUAUCAAGUGCUGGUAUGAAAUUGGCCAAAUGGAAUGCUAAUGAUCCUAGUAUUGUAGCCUCAUCAUCUUUCAGUUCUGACCAAAGUUCAGCUCACACAAACUCAUCAGCUCUUGCUCUGCCCGCUAUUAAAGCCCUGACCAUUCCACGCUGGAUAUCCAAUAUGUCUGGGUCGAUACUAAGGGAAGUCCACAUAUUAACAGAUGCCAGUUCAUAUGCAUACGGUGCGGUAGCAUAUGCUGUCACUGAAAACCUUCAAGGUCACUUAAUGUCCCAAAUUAUUAUGGCUAAAUCCAAAAUUGCUCCCACCGAUCCCCCCAAUAUACCACGCCUGGAGCUUUGUGCAGCUCUACUUGGAGCUCGUCUCCUUAAUAAGAUUCGUAAAUCCAUAAACACUACUGAAUACUUUAUGUGGACUGACUCUACUAUUGUGUUAGGUCAAAUUCGGUCCAAGCGCACUAAACUUGAUUCCUACAUUCUCAGUAGAAUUACUGAAAUUCAGUCUUUGACAGAUGUCCAUAAAUGGAGCCAUGUCCCAACUGAUAUAAAUCCAGCUGAUGUAAUUUCACGUGGCAUGCUCCCACUUGAGUUGAUAAACGACACAUUGUGGUGGAAUGGCCCACAGUUUGUCACACAAACUAUUAAUCUAUGGCCACUGGAUCCAACCAGAAAUCUUCCGGAACCAUUAGCAAUGGUGGCUGUUCCGCGUAAAAGAAAUGUCCAUCCUAUUGAGUUGAUCCUUUCUCGAUCCAAUAAAUUCCGUAAAGUCACGCGCAUCCUUGCCUAUGUCUUGCGCAUAUUUUCCAAAACCAAAACCACCUUACCCUUAACCCCAGUCGAUUUAGAUCAUGCCGAGAAAAGGCUCAUCUCCUUCGCCCAAGACACGUACCUUCAUGGGGCAAAGCUUGCUAUCCAGAACGGAAACUUGACAUCUACUCGAGCUUUCCGUCACCUAUGGCCACUCAGUCUGUUUGUGGAUCAUCAAGGUUUAAUACGUAUCGGAGGAAGGUUGAAGAACUCUUCAGAGGGAUAUGACAUUCGUCACCCAAUUUUGCUACCCAAAUGCAAUCUUUCCUACAUGAUUGCCACACAAUUUCACCAAGAUCAUCAACAUAUUGGGCCUCAACUGCUGCUAGCUACGUUGAGGCAAAGAUAUUGA